AUGGCCUCAUUUAAAUAUUUAUCCACAGCGACAUCAACUCUUCAAAAACUUCAGUUAAAUGCAAUACAAUCAAUUCAACAAAGGUUAUCUGGUAGUCAAGGUCAUGAAGAGUCAUCUCCCCUUCUUGAAGAUAGUCGCUUUGUGUCUGAUAGAGGAAUGAUCCAGGUGGAUGGUGAAAAAUUUUUCAUUGGACCAAUGAAAAUGAAAUCUAGUUUCAAUAGUGAUAAUAUUUAUAAUGUAGAUAAUGUAUUAAAUAAUCAGCAUAUCAUAUAUACAAAUUCUGAUCAAAAUCAUACGCAUACCUCCUAUUGUCAUUUAAAAGAAAAUUUUAAACAUAAAAGAUUAAAGCGAUCUGUGCAAGAUUUAUCUAGUGUAAAUAGACAUUUUAAUUCCAUUAUUAAAUCACGUCAUAAGAGAUCAGACUCUUUAAAACGUUAUGUAGAGACUUUAGUUGUGGCUGAUAAAUUGAUGUUAGAUUAUCAUGGAAGUGAUGCACAACAUUAUGUUUUAACUUUAAUGGCCAUGUCUUUCUUUUAG